AUGGCAAGCAACUACCCCCGAGGCCCGGCCGGACCUGGCUUCGGCGCAUUCACCGGCCAGCAACCUUCUCCCGUCCAUUCCCAGGUCCCGACCCAACAGAGCCCUCCUAUCCAAACUACCAAUGGCUCUCCCAACGGCCCCUUUGCACCCCCCCCAGAAAUGACUCAUCCUCCAUUUGCAAGACCCGACCCGAGUCCCGGCCAUUCAGGUACUUCAGUAAACGUCCAGAACCAGUUGCUGAGUCCACUGGCAACAUCUAUGAGUGCACCAACAGUGUCUCCUAAACCGAGUCCCGGUACAUCGACCACUUUUAACCAAGCAAUCAACUCACCGGACUCAACUGGCGGAAGUACGUCGUUUGCCAGCCCAAAUAACUCCAACUGGUGGUACCCUGUGGAUCUUGAUAACUCGCAAUAUGGCAUUCAGUCAGAAGACGCGUUGAUCCAGCAGACCUUCCAGUCACCCGAAGAAAUUCAUGAGGGGUCUCGCGUGAGCCAGUGGCAGCAACAGCAGCAGCAGCAGCAGCAGCAACAACAACAACAACAACAACAGCAAACGAUGCAAAAUCCUUACCAGCAAAUACAACAACAACAAUCUAUUCAGCAACUCCAACAACAGUCGCUCCGACCUCCCCAAGGAUUACCUUAUCAGGACGGUCCAAGUCCGUCAGGUCCAAGCCCUAUAGAUAUGCAGUCCCCUCCGGGUACCGGAACCUACCCAUAUCUUGCCCAACCUAGACCCCAACAACAGCUACAGCUACAGCAACCAAAACAACAGCAGCAGCAGCAACAACAGCAACAACAGCAACAACAACAGCAGCAGCAGCAACCACAACAGCAACAACAACCCAAACUCACCCAAGCACCAAGCCCCUUAUCCCAACAAUACCCUAUCCGUAAACAUACCCCGUCCGUCAGCGAGGCUGCUGCCAUGGCUGCCGAAAUCAUUGCUCAUGAGUCUUCGGCAGCCCCGUCUACAACCACAGCAUCUACAGCUCCUUCUACUAAUCCUCACUCUAAAAAACCACGGCCUUGUGACUCAUGCCGUAAAAGAAAGGUCCGCUGUAUCAUGCUACCUUCGGAACCCGCACGAUGUCUCCACUGCGAGUUCCGCAAGCAGCAGUGUACGUUUCUUGAAGCUCCGCUGAGGAAAAGCCGACCCAAGAAGAAUGAAAAACAAACAGAGCAACUGGUCCAGCAACAACAACAAGUGCUUGGAGAAAUGCUUAUGCAACGCCCUAAACUCCAGUAUAAAGAUUAUGCAUCACUUGGAGGACACGCCUUGCUCAAAAAGGCCUUAAGUCUGCAGUACCCAAGGUCUGCCUACUUUCUGGGACCUACAAGUGUUUACGACCCGCUACUUGUUGACCCAUCUAAACCUAGCAUCACGCCCACUGACGUUGAACUCCGCAGCGUAUCUCCCACCAUUACGUUUGCUCUCCACAAUGACUAUUCUGAAGAACUCUACGCGCGCUCGAUCCAAAACUGCGACGCGGUAGAGGCAAUCGUCGCUCCACAUGGCCAGCACUUGAUUGACUUGUACUUUAAAAUCGUCCAUCCGGCUUUCCCAAUCUUGCACAAGCAAGUGUUUUUAGAAAAAUACAAGCGCACUCAUAGAGAGUUUCUUGCACCGUUACUAGCUGCGGUUUAUCUAAUGGCCCUCAACUGGUGGCACUUAGACCCACCUACUCGUCCAUGCAAAAAGCCCAACGCUGAAGCCCUAUUUAAGCUUGCAACAACUACUUUUGCCGAUGCUCUGGAUAGGCCCAAACUAGCGUCUAUCCAGGCCGGUUUAUUGCUAUUACAAUGCAGACCCUCUCGUGGAGGUAACUGGAUGCUGUGCUCACAAGUAGUCGCCAUUGCUGAGGAACUGGCCUUGGGAUAUGACUGUAACAAAUGGAAGAUCCCCCGAUGGGAGCGGGGGCUUCGACGGCGUCUUGCAUGGGCCGUAUGGCUACAAGACCAGUGGCUUGCUCUUGCUGAGUCCCGACCGGCCCAUACUAACCGCUUGCGUACCUGGCUGAUUGCAGAACCUGUUGCUGAGGAUUUCCCCGAACGUACCGAAGUCGAGACUGAGAACGGACUUGUUGCGGAGGUGGAAAAUGGCCGACUUGUUUUUAUGGAGAUGAUCAAAUUGUCUUCAAUAAUGGAGGACAUUCGCAAUGAACUUUUCUCCAUUAUGGCUCUACGUCAAAUCACCCAAACUGAAGACAUUUUGGAACGAGCCAAACCUUUGCAGUUACGUCUGCGCAACUGGUACCAUUCGCUCCCACAAAGCCUACUGUUAAGAAAUGAUCAGGAUACCAAGCGGCUCCCGGCAAACGGAUACCUACACUUGUCGUACUUUGCGACAGAACUGACUCUGCAUCGACGAAUCAUUCGGUCUUUGCCAGUUCCUGGAGAACCCUUUACGACUCCCAGACCACCAAAUAGUCCGCCUAUUGAGAUUUUAGUGGGGCUUUGUCGAGACGCUGCCAAAACACGCCUACUUGCGGCAAUCAAGUUUGUGACGCAGUUACAAGCACAUCACUUGCAUGCAUUUUGGUACUCGUCGUCGCGGUUCCAGCUGGCAUUGAUUUCUUCAUUUGCUGGACUGCUUUUUGUAACAAGUAGCACAGGACCAGACUCGGAUGAAGCGGCAUUAUAUCGAGACCAGCUGGCAGCAUAUAAACGGGUCCUGUGCCAGCACGCAACAAGAGCCGGGUUUGAGCCUGCAGCCGGAGCACUGGCCAUGACGCGGGAGGUUCUGGGUCGCGUGCCGGCGCUGUGCGCAGACGACGCGGCCAUUGAACACGAGCUGGAGACGUGGCGAAAGGCGCGGCGGGAAGAAGAGGAAGAUAAUGAGCAGGACGAUAAGACGCUGAAGCGGGAGCAUCCGGAAGAUGUGAACCAAGCGCAACCGGUUCCUCAGCCGCCGGAGCCCAGUCCCAAGAGGAUUCGUGCAUAA